AUGUUUGAGACUCAAACACCAUUACCGAUCUCUAUUUCGGAACAUCUUGCUCUUGCCGAGCCAAAGAUUAAAGCUUUUCGCUCUAAAGAAAAGAUUUCUAACUCUCUUACUGAUUCAUAUAAACAAAUCGUCAACGAUUUUGAACAGCUAAAGCCAGCCAAUAUUAACAUUGUUAAUGUUGCUCAACAGUAUGGUGUUCAAUACAGACGCGUCUAUGAUCUGUUCAACCUUUUAACUUCCUUAGGCGUAUGCCAAAAUGUUGAAAGAGGAAAACUUGCCUGGAUCGGUUUAUCAUCGGUUCCAUCCGUGAUUUCUAAAGCCUACGCGAAAAUAGAAAUCGCAUCCCUUCAUAAGCCGAUGAAUCAGGUAUUUUGCUUAGGUCAAUCCCCAUCAUUGGGAAUGAUAGCAACCCAUUUUAUUAGUAUGUAUUUAUACUUUAAUGUAGACACACUUUUACUCCGCCAGGUCUCUUCUACCUUCCAUGAUCCUCGAACUGAUAUUAAAUCUCUUGAAAGGAGAAUGUAUUUAGUUUUAAGCUUCUUGGAAAUUAUGGGAGUAGUUGCUCAUACAAUGAAGACAAACGAAUAUAAGUUAAUCUUAGAUCUUUCCGCAGCUAAGGAAUCAGCCCUUCAACAAAAGAGAAAAUAUCAGCAAUCAAAAUGCCCUCUUUCCCUUGAAAAUCUUCUUAAUUCUGUUGGUGGUCCUUUCACAACUGAUCUCCAAGCAGAGCGUGGAAGAGAUUAUCAGCUUAUUAGAUGCUAG